AUGCAGAGAUUCGCCCACCCGCUUCGCACACUCCUCAAAAACACCACCUAUAGAGUUGCUACUCCCCGUCCUAUUACCACACCAAUUACUACCCCCAAGAUGUUUUCCUCCAGCAAAACCACCCCCGCCGUCCAGGGCGCUGACGGCUUCCUCUCCCACAUCAAAGGCCGCCGCACAAUCUACGCCCUCAACAAGACCCUCCCCAUCUCUACCGACCGCGUCCAAGAAAUCGUAAAGGAAUCCCUCCUCCACGUCCCCUCUUCCUUCAACUCCCAAUCCAACCGCGUCGUCGUCCUCCUCGGCGCCGAGCACGACAAGUUCUGGGACAUCACCACCGCCAUCCUCAAGUCCAUCGUCCCCGAGGAGAACUUCGCCUCGACGGCCGCCCGCAUGGCCGGGUUCAAGGCCGGCGCAGGCACUGUUUUGUUCUUUGAGGACCAGGACGUCGUCAAGGGCAUGCAGGAAAAGUUUGCCCUUUAUGCUGAUCGUUUCGACCCCUGGGCCGGCCACUCAAGCGCCAUGCUCCAGUUCGCAGUCUGGACCGCCCUCGAAGCCGAAGGCCUGGGCGCCAACCUCCAGCACUACAACCCCCUCGUCGACCAGAAGGUCCAGCAGGAGUGGUCCGUCCCAUCGACGUGGAAGCUCUCCGCUCAGCUCGUCUUUGGCGGCAAGGCCGGCGAGCCAGGCGAGAAGACCUUUGGGCCUUUGGAGCAAAAGUACAGAGUUUUUGGUUCUGCUUAG